AUGCAGUCUCCUAUAACUACUUACAGGCAUAGCAUCAGCGGUGACGGUAUUUCCGAUACUACUACGGGGUCUCCUUCCUCGGUCAAUCUUUCCAAAGAUGAUAAACUCACAAAGAGUGAGAUAGAGGAAACAACCAAGAAUCUUGAACUAAUUCAUGACCUUAAAUUCUUUCUGCUGACAGCCCCUGUUAAUUGGCACGAAAAUCAGGUGAUUCGUCGUUACUACUUGAAUAAAGAAGAAGGCUUUGUUUCCUGUGUCUAUUGGAACAACCUUUACUUCAUCACAGGUACUGAUAUUGUUCGUUCCGUCGCUUACAAGCUGGAAUUGUUUGGGCGAAAGAUUGUUGAUAGAAAAAAAUUAGAAGAAGGAAUCUUUAGUGAUCUAAGGGCACUCAAAUGUGGCACAUCAGCCAUUCUAGAGAUGCCCAAAUCCCCGUUUCUUCGGUUUUUGCAUAGAAACCAAUGUCUUCGAACGCAGAAAAAGCAAAAGGUCUUUUUUUGGUUCAGCGUGCCUCACGACAAGCUUUUCCAGGAUGCCUUGGCACGUGACUUGGAACGGGGGUUAUCUAGCCUUCCUUCUGCAACAGUCCCAAGCACAAAGCUUCUUAAGAGGUUCAAGUAUGAUCAUACAGAGGCUCUUGUGCCUCAAUUAGAGAGCCAUAUAUUGGCACAAACUGGUAAGAGCUUCUCUUAUAUUCUCUCAGAAUCUUCUCCAGAAGAGACACAGGCUGUCUUUGCAAAACAGGAGAAGGCAGCUGCAGAAGCAUCGGUGACGACGACGACGACGACAGCAGAUAACACUGCAAAUGUCAGAAAUUCAGAAGAAGAAGAAUCAAGUAUGCUGUCAUUUUCAGACUCCUCUCCAGGAUCAUCAUCUGACAACGAUGCCGGAUUUCCGUUGGACUACAUACAGAACGACUCAUUCCUCUUCAAUGUGGACGGUGUUGGUUCUGUGACCGAAUGUAAUGGAGGUGCUAUGGCAGCUGGUUCCGCUGCAGUGACCGAUUUUACGUACACACAGAAUCCAUCCUCGGCAUUUCUUCCGGAUUUUCCAUCUUUAUGGCUUGUGUCUCCUACGGUGGGUGGAGUUCCAGACGACUUGCUUCUUGACCAGGCCACACCAGUGGUUCCCAUGUUUGGUGCAGCUUCAAGAUCACCGAUUACUGCCACUACUCCACGCUCAUUGUAUUUCAAAAACACCGGAUUUGGAAAUAAGGCCACAGCCCUGGGCGGUGAUGUACCUUUCAGUGGUGGCCUGGCUUCUCCGGGAUUUGCCAUGUUUACUACGCUCGGUAACUUUGAAUCUGUCAAUGAGACGACCGUUCAGCAGCAAGAAACGGGUCAUGAUGUUGCAGAAGCACAAGACAAACCUAUAAAAUCUUUCAGUUUUGUUCCUAGUGCUUCUUCACUCACAAAUAAUGGUCUCGCUACCAACGCUGACGAUGUUUCCACAGAGGAUAACGGCAAUUUAAAGCCACAAAUUAUCACCAUUCCGCCCGGUACAGGAAUAUUUGACGCUGCGUCUCUUUCGGGUCAGAUGUUUUCACCGGUCAUUGGCAGUAGCGUUGAACCAAAUUUGUAUUAUUACUAUGGUGCAUCUCCAUACUUUGCGGAUUUCCCUGUUCUUCCUUUCAGUCGGCCCCUAAGUGGUAUUAAAAGUACUUUCGAUGGAGGUGCCGGUAACGGUAUUGGCAAGAGCAAUGAGAGAGUCAAUGGAAAGACCAAGGGUGAAAUUGGUAAGACGGAAUCGGGACGAAUAGGCAAGCCAAAAAGGAAAGGAUUACUUAAUCCUUCUCUACGGCAUCUGGAGCUUGACAUCCAGGAACAAACGGAUAACGAAUCACAACCGACCAACAAGGGAGAAGUAAGACUCAAGUUGGAACACGGUGUGGCUAUGUGA